GAGCUCUGUGACUUGCAGAAUCAAUUUAUAAAAUUUCCAAGUACAAUUGCCGAAUUAUCAAAAAAGAUAGAGGGAUUUUCUGAAAGAAGCAAAAUACCGAAUGUAGUUGCAGMCAUCGAUGGUAGUCACAUACCUAUCAAAGCACCUAAAAUCAACCAUGAAGACUAUUUCAAUCGUAAGCACUUCUACAGUUACCUAGUUCAAGGUGUAGUAGACUCUUCAGGAUUAUUUUUGUCUGUUGCUACAGGCUUCCCGGGAAGCCUUCAYGAUGCGCGAAUGCUUAGKUUAAGUGAAUUCAAUAGAUUGGCGGACGAUGAAGAAAUCUUGACAGAACCUAAACUAAAUAUACAAGGUGCAACUUUGCGACCUAUUGUUGUCGCCGACUCAGCCUACCCUCUCAAAAAUUGGCUUCUUCCAGUCAUAAAAGAUAAUGGAUCACUAACGCGCGACAAGAAAAAAWUUAAUAAGGAGCUUUCAAAAUCAAGAAUCGUCGCUGAACAUGCCUUUGGACUAUUGAAGGGGCGCUGGAGAGUUUUACUCAAGAGACUGGAUGAGAACCAAGAGAGGGUACCAGAUACCAUAAUAGCAUGUUGUGUUUUACACAACAUAUGCAUUUUGAAUGGGGAUGAUUAUGAAGUUGAAAUGGAAGAUGAUGAUGAUAACAAUGAUGAUGACCWACAAUGCAAUUCUAUUCCCACAAGUUCUGCAAAAGAUACUUUAUUGGCAAUUAUUGAUUACGUAUCAAACUAGUAAAAAAAUACACCUCUCGUUAUGAUUAACUAARGAUUGAUCAU